CUGAAUACACCACAUUCUCCAUCCCAUCUACAACAACAUCUUUUUCGACCAUGGACUACAUGGACUAUGUGUACGAGGAUCAUAGCUCAUCUAAUUGUUUCGAACAACUUUAUCGUUGUUAUCCAAUCGAUCAUGAAGAUUCGGAAAAGUACUCUCAUUUAGAAAGCGGAAACAAAAUAUUGCUUCCUGUUUCUGCAUUGGACCGUCUUACUCACAUGAAUGUCAAAUAUCCCAUGCUGUUCCAGCUUCAGAACCCGAAAACCGGCCGGGUCUCACACUGCGGAGUCAUGGAGUUCAGCUCCGAUGAAGGAGAGGUUUGGUUGCCUAAUUGGAUGAUGAAGAACAUGGGUUUUGAAGAAGGAGGCCUUGCAUUGAUCAAGAACGCCAAUCUGGUUAAAGGUAAACACAUCAAGUUACAACCUCAUAAGACUGAUUUCAUAAAUCUUUCCGACCCCAAAGCCGUCUUGGAAUCGACUCUAAAAGGCUUUUCUUGUUUGACCGCUGGAGAUACCAUCAUGAUCAUGAAUGAAGGCAAGGAGUUUUACAUUGAUGUCUUGGAGACCAAGCCGUCUUCGUCGGCGAUAUGCAUUAUUGAUACCGAUUGCGAGGUUGAUUUUGCUCCUCCUUUGGACUACAAAGAGCCUGAGAAAGUUAAACCAGCUUCCAUGAAAGAGAAAGCAAAACCAGAGGAAGCAAAGUUUAGACCAUUCAUGGGUGUAGCAAAGCGCUUGGAUGGGUCCCCUGUUUUAACCUCUGUUUCUCAUGAAGACAAUGCUGCUGCUUCUGCAACUGCUGGUUGUUCGGACUCUGCCGUUGGUCGGAAAUCUGGGAAGAUUGUCUUUGACUCCUCCAAUGCUGUCGGAAAGCUGUCGGAAGAAUCGCAGAAAGUGGAUGAGAAAGGAAGAAUAAUGGAGAAGAACGAAGAAAAGGGCUUUCAGGCAUUCUCUGGGAAAAGUUACAGAUUAACAUGAGCUAUAGCUACUUCUGAGAUA